AUGGACAAGUUGGUGGUGGCCAUACCCUAUCCCGCCCGUGGACACAUUAACCCGAUGAUGAAGUUUUGCUCACUCCUCUCCUUAAAGGGUAUUUCGGUCAUUUUAGUCCUCACCGAGGAAUGGCUAAGUUUGAUCGGACCACCAGCAGCAGCAGCAGCUCCGGUUGGAGUGGAGUAUCGUGUAGCUACAGUCCCUAAUGUGAUACCGUCAGAAAAAGAUCGAUCCAAGGACAUGAUGGGUUUCUUCAAGGCUGUGGCCACAGAAAUGAAGUCGGCUAUUCAUACUUUUCUCGACCGGUUAGAUGAUGGACCGGUUUCUUGUAUAGUGGCGGAUGCUAUUAUGACGUUCAUGAUGGGGUUUGGAGGGCGGCGGGAGGAGGAUACUCUUCCUCCGGUCGCGUCUUUAUUUCCAUCGCCGGCAUCUAUGUUCUUUGCUUAUUACCAUUUUGACCUCAUAAUGGCCGCCGCGCGUACCCAAGUCAUUGCCAACAGCAACGACACAGUGGAGGAGAAGGAUACUAUGGUGAUAAUUGACAAUAUUCCAUUCGAGUUCCCAGUUAAAUCUGUGGAAAUCUCAUUUGCAAACCUUGGAAAUAGCCUUGUCAACAAAGGCAUUCAAUCCAUAGUCCAAACAGCAACAACUACACAUGCCAUUCUCAUUUCAACAUAUGAAGAACUUGAACCCGAAUUCAUUAAUGCAUUGAGAGACCGUCUUCCCAUUCCCCUUUAUGCAUUCGGUCCUUCCAUCCCAUACUUGUCCCUCGAACUCAAACACAACAAUUGUCAACACGAACCAUCCUCGAUGUAUAUCGAUUGGCUCGAUGCCUGUCCUAAAGCUUCCGUCCUAUACAUUUCUUUGGGUAGUUUUGAGACAGUGUCGGAUGAGCAAAUGGAGGAGAUCUCCAAAGGGUUACAAGCUAGCAAGGUGAGAUACAUUUGGAGUGUUAGAGGCGACUACACCUCGAGUUUGAAAGAAGAUUGUGGGGAAUUAGGUCUUAUUGUGCCAUGGUGUGACCAAUUGAAGGUAUUGUGUCAUCCAUCUGUUGGAGGUUUCCUUACUCAUUGCGGAUGGAAUUCUGUUAUGGAGGCUAUCUUUGCAGGAGUACCCAUGCUUACAUUUCCUCUAGUUUUAGACCAAGUCCACAUUUGCAACAUAGUAUUGAAUCAUUUGCGAGUUGGGUUGAAGCUCAAGGAGGUUAGAUACGAGGAUGAUCAAAACAUAGUGAGUAGAGAAGAAGUCGCAAUGAAUGUUGUAAGGUUAAUGGACUUGAAUGAGAAUGAAGAUGUUCAUCAUGAUGUGAGAAAGAGAAUAAAAGAGCAUCAACAAAACUGUCAAAAGGCUAUACAAUCUGGCGGAUCAAUUGAUGUUAACGUUACUAGUUUUAUUCAAAAUAUUGUUAAGAAUAAUUAGUU